UGAAGUCUGAAAGAGGAAUUUAAGGGAAAAUACGGUUUGGGGAUAAAAGCAUAGAAAAUGGAAAGCAGCAAUGAGAUGACCAUCAACCUUGUUGUCCUUGGAAGAUCUCAGAGUGGCAAAAGAGCUGCUGGGAAUAGCCUGCUGGGCAGCUCAGACUUUAACAGUUAUCACUCCUUGAGCUCUGUGACUACAUGCUGCAGCCUUGGCUGCAGCUGCUGCAUUUUGGGGAUUAUAUGAAGAAAUGGCUGUGAGCUAGCUCUCCAUGUUCAAGUACGUGACACUCCAGGCUACCCUCACAGUAGUCUGAGCAAAGAGCAGGUGAGAGACACAGUGAGCUCAGCCCUGGCUCACCACUUCGGGAAGGAAGGCCUGCAUCUCGCUCUCUGGGUCCUGAGGGCUGACUUGCCUCUGUGUCUGGAUGAAAGCUAUCACACAAUUCAGUUCAUCCAGGAACUUCUGGGUCCCACAUGGAAUGAUUUCACUGCAGUUCUACUUACUCAUGCAGACAAGGCAGAAGAGGCUGGAUUCAGUGAGGAAGCAUACUUGCACAGUGCCUCAAGUACCCUGGUGUCACUUUUGAGCUCAGUACAGCAUAAAUACAUCUUCCUAGACAACCAGAAGAGCAUAAUUAAGGAGGAAAGAGCUACUGUCUUAAGAAAGCUCUUGAAUUUUAUAAAACAAAAUAAUUAUCAAGUGCUUUCACUUAAACACAGCAAGGCAUAAAAUUAGCUUUCAGGUGCUC